CACCCACGUUGACUAUCGUGCGCUCGAGUGCACAGUAUACUCUCCUUCCACAGUCAAAGCAGCCGCUCCAUCCCAGCUCUACUCCUCCUUCUGUACUCCACUCCUGCAUUUGCUUUCGCAGUUUGUUAUCUCUGUGAGUAUCAAUUGACUGCGAGUGUGCGCGAGCUCGUCACUCUAGACUUCAUUGUAGUCGGUAUAGAGUCUCGGCACAUAAAGACCAUUCAUUUUUACAGAUCAAUGGAGAUCAAUAGAUUCUUCUACUGUUCUUCAAUGGCGGUUCUGUUAAUCUCAGGAUUCAUGUUUCCGGUGAUGGUUGGUUCGCUUGGUAUCAACUAUGGACAAGUUGGGAACAAUCUGCCGACGCCGGAGACUGUUGUGCCUCUGGUGAAAGCAAUCGGAGCGACGAAGGUCAAGCUCUACGACACGAAUCCACGAAUACUGAAAGCUUUUGCGAAUACUGGAGUGGAGUUCAUCGUAAUGCUUCCGAAUGAGUGCUUGUCCGCCAUGAGAGAUCCUAAGGAAGCUCAGGAUUGGGUGAAGCAGAAUGUUCAGGCGUACCUUCCGGCCACUAAAAUCACCUGCAUUUCCGCCGGAAACGAGAUUCUCACCUACAAUGACACCUCUCUCUCCAAUCACCUCCUCCCGGCGAUGCAGAGCAUGCAGUCGGCGCUCGUGACUCUCGGACUGGACAAGCAGGUCACAAUCACCACGACGCACUCAUUGGCCAUCCUGGAGACCUCGUAUCCACCGUCUGCCGGCGCAGUCCGGCGAGAUCUGGUCGGUCCCGUUACUAAAAUCUUGGACUUCCAUCUCAAAACAGGGUCUCCGUUUUUAAUCAAUGCGUAUCCUUACUUCGCCUACAAGAACAAUCCGAAGCAAGUCUCGCUCGAUUUCGUCCUCUUUCAGCCAAAUCAGGGAGUUCUCGAUCCGACCUCGAAUCUUCACUACGACAACAUGCUGUUUGCCCAAAUCGACGCCGUUUACUCUGCACUCGCUUCUUUAGGAUACAAGAAUCUCACCGUUGACAUCUCUGAGACAGGAUGGCCAUCGAAAGGAGACGAGGACGAAGCCGGAGCGACACCAGAGUAUGCGAAGAAGUACAAUGGGAAUCUACUCAAAGUCAUCUCUCAAAAGAAGGGGACUCCGAUGAAGCCCGACUGCGAUUUGAACAUCUAUGUCUUUGCUCUGUUUAACGAGAACAUGAAACCCGGUCCGACGUCGGAGAGGAAUUAUGGUUUGUUUAAGCCGGACGGAACUCCGGUUUAUAACCUCGGAAUCAGCACGGCCAGCGUUGUUAGUAGUAACACCAGUACCGGUGGUAGCAGUGGUGGCAAUGGUGGUGGUGGUGGUGGUGGUGUCAAUGUCAAUUCCGGCACACCACAGCCGCCGAACGGUUAUUUGUCCAUUACUUCCGACUCUGAAAAAUGUGGACCAGUGGCAUCUUUGUUGUUCUUGAUAAGCUGCUGGACCUUGUGCCUUGUUUGUUUGCCCUUUUGGGGGGUUUUGUCUAUUUGAGAAUCCUCAUGAUCUUAGAGAUCUACUAUUAGAAUCCAGCCGUUAAAAGCAAUGGAGAAGAGAUAUCUAGAGAGAAUAAAGGUUCUUUUUGCGGAGGGGCGAUUGUUUUGGUAUGUUGAUCUGUAAGAUGUUUAAUAAUGUUAAAGAGUCUGUUAGAUCAGAGACAUUGUAGUGCAUUUCCAUGGUAGAUUGAUUAUUGAAUUUCUGUUGUUUGUAUCUCCUCCCCCAUUGUGGUUAGCGGUGAAGAUUGCUAGUGUACAAUGAGAUUAAUUCUUCUGUCAACAUUUCCUGCUUCUUUUAAAGAACCUCCCUCAUCUUCAAUGUGGUA